AUCUAUACCACCGCCGCCGCCGUAUCGUGCUCGUGCAGGUGCAGCAGUACACCGUAUCGACCACCUCGACGGCGGCGAUGGUGGGCGCCGCUGGCUCCUCCUCCUCCUUCCGGAUGCUGCUGCUCUUGCUGCUUCCGUUGCUCGCCGCCACCGCCGCCGCCGCGGGCGCCAACUCCAGCGUCACGUACGACCAUCGCUCCCUCAUCAUCUCCGGCCGCCGCCGCCUCCUCAUCUCCACCUCCAUCCACUACCCCCGCAGCGUCCCAGAGAUGUGGCCCAAGCUGGUUGCCGAGGCCAAGGACGGCGGCGCGGACUGCAUCGAGACCUACGUGUUCUGGAACGGCCACGAACCCGCCCCCGGCCAGUACUACUUCGAGGACCGUUACGAUUUGGUGCGCUUCGCGAGGAUCGUUAAGGACGCUGGGCUGUACAUGAUCCUCCGCAUUGGGCCGUUCGUCGCCGGCGAAUGGACCUUCGGGGGCCUGCCAGCGUGGCUUCAUUACGUGCCUGGGACGGUGUUCCGGACGAACAACGAGCCAUUCAAGGUGCAGCAGGGGCUUGUGAAUUUUAUGGCGAUGUAUGUGGGGGAAUUUUGUAAGCUGCUGACGAUUCUAGCUACAAUUUUUGUGAUGUAGUCUCACAUGAAGAGAUUCACGACGCACAUCGUGCAUAUGAUGAAGAAAGAGCAGUUCUUCGCCUCACAGGGUGGGCACAUCAUCCUAGCUCAGGUUGAAAAUGAGUAUGGAAGUAUGGAACCAACGUACGGAGCUGGUGCCAAGCCAUAUGUAAUGUGGGCAGCUAGCAUGGCUCUGGCUCAGAAUACUGGAGUCCCUUGGAUUAUGUGCGAGCAGUAUGAUGCCCCUGAUCCAGUGAUAAACACUUGCAAUUCAUUCUACUGUGAUCAAUUCAAGCCAAAUUCGCCAACCAAGCCAAAAAUUUGGACAGAGAAUUGGCCAGGAUGGUUCCAGACCUUUGGUGAAAGCAAUCCCCACAGACCCCCUGAAGAUGUUGCAUUCGCUGUUGCACGCUUUUUUGGAAAAGGUGGCACCGUUCAGAAUUACUAUAUGUACCAUGGUGGAACAAACUUUGGUCGCACUGCUGGGGGGCCGUUCAUUACAACUAGCUAUGACUAUGAUGCACCAAUCGAUGAAUAUGGCCUUAGGAGACUUCCGAAGUGGGCACAUCUAAAGGACCUUCACAAAUCUAUCAAAUUGUGCGAGAAUACCCUGCUGUAUGGCAAUUCAUCAUUUCUUUCCCUGGGGCCUCAACAAGAGGCUGAUGUUUACACUGAUCACUCGGGAGGAUGUGUUGCGUUCUUGUCUAACCUUGAUUCAGAGAUGGACAAAGUUGUUACUUUCCAGAACCGGUCGUAUGAUCUUCCCUCUUGGUCAGUCAGCAUCCUGCCUGACUGCAAGAAUGUAGUGUUCAAUACUGCAAAGGUGCGAUCUCAAACUAUGAUGAUGGAUAUGAUGCCAGCAAAUUUGCAAGUAUCAAAACGUAAUGGAUGGAGCAUUUUCAGAGAGAAAAUUGGGAUUUGGGAUAAAAGUGACUUUGUCCGAAAUGGUUUUGUAGACCAUAUUAAUUCAACAAAAGACACUACUGACUACCUAUGGUACACAACAAGUUUUGACGUAGAUGGAAGUCAUUUGGUUGGUGGCAACCAUGUUCUUCAUAUUGAUUCCAAAGGCCAUGCUGUUCAGGCUUUCCUGAACAAUGAAUUUAUAGGUAAUGCAUAUGGUAACGGCUCAAAAUCAAAUUUCACUGUGGAAAUGGCUAUCAAUUUGAGGCCUGGGAAGAAUGAACUUUCCUUAUUGAGUAUGACUAUUGGUUCGCAAUAUGCAGGACCCUUUUAUGAAUGGGUAGGAGCAGGCAUUACAAGUGUGAAAAUAUCAGGAAUGGGAAACGGAAUCGUCAAUUUGUCUUCAAAUAAUUGGGCAUACAAGAUUGGAUUGGAAGGGGAACACUAUAAUUUGUUCAAGCCUGAUCAGGGAAAAAAUGUAAGGUGGAAGCCACAGUCUGAACCACCAAAAAAUCAACCUUUGACAUGGUACAAGGUAAAUGUUGAUGUUCCCCAAGGAGAUGACCCAGUUGGGUUAGAUAUGCAGUCUAUGGGGAAAGGCCUGGCUUGGUUGAAUGGAAAUGCCAUAGGGAGGUAUUGGCUGAGGACAAGUCCUGUCAGUGACGGAUGCACUUCCAGCUGCAACUAUAGAGGAACAUUUUCUCCUAACAAGUGCAGAACAGGAUGUGGGCAGCCGACUCAAAGAUGGUACCAUGUCCCACAGUCAUGGUUUCGCCCAUCUGGAAACACCCUUGUGAUUUUUGAAGAAAAGGGAGGGGAUCCUACAAAUAUAACAUUCUCAAGAAGAACUGUGGCAAGUGUGUGCUCCUUUGUGUCAGAGCACUACCCUUCCAUAGACUUGGAAUCAUGGGAUAAAAGUACCCCAAACGAUAGUAGAGACUCAGCAAAAGUACAGCUAACUUGCCCCAAGGGUAAAAAUAUCUCUUCUGUUAAGUUUGCGAGUUUUGGAAACCCCCGUGGAACCUGCAGGUCCUACCAACAAGGAAGCUGCCACCAUCCGAACUCUCUAUCUGUUGUUGAGAAGGCUUGUCUGAAAUUGAACGGCUGUACAGUCUCCUUGUCAGACAAGGGAUUUGGAGAAGAUCUGUGCCCUGGGAUCACCAAAACACUUGCAAUUGAGGCAGACUGCUCUUAAGGAGUGACUCAGCUAAGAGAUCCAUAGCUACAGAUUGGCUCAUCAACUUCAAGCUCAUAGUGCUUGGUACAGUAGCAUGCUACAACAAUCUGGAAGUGAAAUUCUACCUAGAUUUAGAUUACGACCUGUUGUGACUUGUAAGCAUGAUAUUAGCACUUGCUUAUAAGCCAAAAUUUAAAUUUUCAUCUUUAAAUUUAAAGUUGAUUUUA